GUCACAAUCAUCUUCGCGCGACGGGCAGCCGACCGCAUUGACAUUUGGACAGAGACAGACAGUCGGACAGACAGACAGCUGCAUUCCUUUCGCCGAUCCCCUCGCUGGGCCGAUUGAUCGCGUGCUCGAGUCUUUGGCAUCAAUCAAUCUGCCUUCGAGACAUUCAAUUUUGUGCUCCAGGAGCGCCUGCCCUGUUCGUGGCUGGGAACAAAAAAUUGUCGCUCGUCGGAGGUGACGGUUUGCCGGUCCUUAUCGCCGAUUGAGAGGCACUCUGCUUUUUCUCGAUCCAGUCUUUGUCCGAUAGCAAUUCUCCUCCUCUGUCUCUAUCUCUCUCGCUCUCUUCCUUGGACGACGCCGGGAGGUGCCGCCCCCUCUCUUGACAGGGACAGUCGGGGCGCAAGUAGCUCUAUCUUUGUCUUUUUGUUCGAAUCCCGCCGGAGUUUCCCCUCCUAUUAAACAGUAGGGCAAAAUGAAUAUCUUCAGAUUGGCUGGAGAUAUGACACAUUUGAUGAGUAUAGUGGUGCUUCUUCUCAAAAUGCAUACAAUCAAGUCAUGUGCCGGCAUCUCUCUCAAAACGCAAGAACUUUACGCCCUAGUAUUCAUCACGCGGUAUCUGGACAUAUUCACGGACUUCGUAUCUCUAUAUAACACUGUCAUGAAAAUAUUCUUUCUUGGGACGUCGAUUUCGAUAGUUUGGUACAUGAGGUACCAUAAGGUGGUCAAACAGUCUUACGAUAAAGAUCAUGACACGUUUCGGCAUUACUUUCUCAUCUUACCGUGUUUCUUACUGGCCCUUAUUAUAAACGACGAGUUCACUUUUCGCGAGGUUCUCUGGACAUUUUCAUUGUACCUGGAAGCAGUUGCGAUCAUUCCCCAGCUCGUUUUGCUGCAGAGAACCAAGAACAUUGACAAUUUAACUGGGAACUACGUGUUUUUCCUGGGCGCUUAUCGGGGAUUGUAUAUACUCAACUGGAUCUAUCGUUACUUCACCGACAGCCACUACCGCCGGAAAGGAAUAACCUGGACCUCGGGUAUUGUGCAAACCCUUCUAUAUGCAGAUUUCUUCUACUAUUACAUCAGAAGCUGGAGGAGAAACGAGAGGCUCAAUCUACCGGCCUAAGUUAGAAAGCAGUAGUCACUAGCGUUGGAGGCCAUUAUAUAUGUUGGCGACAUUACGAAGGAGCUAUCUCCACCCAUUUAUCCUGUGUCUGAUAUACUCGCCCUGUAAUCUAAGACAAGACGUAUCCUCGGACUUGGACCAUUUUUGGUAUGACACGGUAGAGUUGCGACAAUCUCUGAUUUCUGCCGCGUGUGGUAGAUGUAUUAGUGAAAGUCUGAACUAUGAUUUCUGUGGGCGAGCUGAGAAUAAGUUCACCUGCAAAUGGAUCUUAUGGUCCCGAGCCAUCAAACGCGAUGAAUUUACGAAAGAAUGUUUCUGGGAAAUUUACAAAGAGGUUUAACGUGGGUAGUGUCUAGUGGGAACUAUUGUUAAGCAAUCGUAGAGGUCUGUGAAGGCUCUCUGCACAUUGAUAAUGAGAGCCUUACAUGGACGACGUUGUAUCUUCCUGGAACUAUCGAAGAGGAGAGCUUCGUGCUACUUCUUGACAAAGGUGAGAAGGAAUUUGCUGCGUAGAACCGGUGUAUGCAGAAACUGAUCGAGCGCAGAGCGACAGUUGAGGGAGUAAGCUGCAUGAUUCACUCAAUUAGGAUGGUUCAGGUCACUGGUGUAUCAGUUUGGUGCUAUGUUGGCCUCUUGAAUUUCUAGCAUCUUCCGGUGGAAGUGGACUCAUUCUCUGUUUUUGAAGUCACUCUGGAGAUGGAGCCUGCAGUCCACGAGCAGCCAGGGUCUCUGCGGAGUUCGCGCUUAUUCAUGUAGCAUUUGCGUUGACAAACUGGAGAAUGUUUCUACUACUCAUUGCAAUGUGUCCAAAUAUGGAUCAUGUCAAUAUUGCAAGGUUGUUGCAACCUUUUG